GAGCAAUUAUAUACGCGCAUCCUCGUCGCCGUCGUGUAUUUUUCGUGAACUGUGAUUCUUUGUGCCGUUCGUCGAGGGAUUUUGGGACAGCGAUCUGCGACGACGGGAUAGAUUGGCAGACAGGAAAAAUGAAGCUCGAUCUGGACCGGGAAAAGGGCCUCGAGCUCUUCAGCAAGUUCAUACGUACAAAGAACGUCGAAAGUCUGCAGGGUGAUCAACCCAAAACCGGUCCCGAGCCACUUCAUCCAGCCGACUCCAAGCAGAAAUUACAGAAGUGCCUGACGACUCUGGACCUGACGUCUUUAGGAGUUGGCUCCUGCGUCGGGACAGGGAUGUACCUUGUCGCAGGAAUGGUGGCGCGCAGCGUUGCCGGACCUGGUGUCGUCGUCUCAUUCAUUAUCGCAGCCAUUGCUUCCAUUUUUUCCGGGGCGUGUUACGCCGAGUUUGGAGUACGAGUGCCUCAUACGACCGGCAGCGCUUAUAUGUACAGUUACGUGACAGUAGGCGAAUUAAUAGCAUUCAUUAUUGGAUGGAACAUGGUGCUGGAGUACCUUAUAGGUACGAGUGCGUGUGCGUGCGCCCUUAGCGCCUGUCUGGACGCAUUGGCAAACGGUGCGAUUUCCGAGGCGAUAGGCAGCAGCGUCGGAACCAUACUUGGACGGCCGCCGGAUUUUAUCGCGUUCGUCAUCACGAUACUUAUGAUGCUGCUAAUGGCGGCGGGCGUGAAGAAGUCUUUGGUGUUCAAUAACGUGUUGAAUGCCAUCAAUCUUUCCGUCUGGGUCUUCGUCAUGGCGGCGGGCUUGUUUUAUGUGGAUUCCAGCAAUUGGUCCGAGCACAGCGGUUUUCUUCCCUACGGCUGGAGCGGGGUUUUCACCGGCGCGGCGACGUGUUUUUACGCCUUCAUAGGCUUUGACAUAAUAGCCACCACCGGUGAGGAAGCGACGAAUCCGAAGAAGAGUAUCCCGCUCGCCAUAGUCUCAUCAUUGAUUAUAAUUCUCGUUGCUUACGUUACCAGCAGCAUGGUAUUGACACUGAUUGUUCCGUACGACCAGGUCGAUCAGGAUUCAGCGUUAGUGGAGAUGUUCGGUCAAGUCGGGGCCUACAAGUGCAAGUUCAUUGUCGCGGUCGGUGCAUUGGCGGGCCUGACGGUCUCCAUGUUCGGCAGCAUGUUUCCAAUGCCUAGGAUAGUCUACGCGAUGGCUCAGGAUGGCCUUAUAUUUCGGAGCCUCAGCCAUGUUUGGCCCGCGACGGGCACUCCCGCAAUCGCUACUCUAACUUCCGGUGUAGCCGCCGCUUUCGCUGCGCUGCUAAUCCAGUUGGAGGUGUUGGUGGAAAUGAUGUCGAUCGGUACGCUGCUGGCGUACACCCUAGUGUCUACCUGCGUGCUAAUACUGCGGUAUCAGCCGCACUCGACAAACCUGGUCGAGUUGCUGCCGCAGAGUCUGAGGACACCGUGUCGAUCGCCCACAAAGGAGACACAAGGGAACGGUCAAGUAUCUUACGGGAAGGAGCUCAGGCCCGAUCAGCUUACGACCGCGUUGAACUCGGUCCAGACGUCCCAGUCGGAGCUCACGGCUGCCAACAACGGACAACGUAUCACGGUGCGACGAGUAAGAAGAUGCAAUAGCUCGUCGCCGGAUUCGGACGACACGUACGGCGGCGAGGAAGACGAGAUAGGACUGGGUAAGGACGACCAGUACCUCGUAAGCGACAGGACGGAGAAUAAAUUCUACGGCAGCGUGCACGCGGCCGCGGCAGCCUCGAGUUGCGGCAGCGCUCAUCAGUAUCCCGGAAACACGCCGAUCAUAGGACCACCGUUGAAUUAUCUACAGCGUCGGCUGCAGGCGGCGCAAUAUCUUUGUCCUGCUAUAUUCCCGUGGGUGGACAGAGGUCCUGCCACAGAAGCAUCAGGACGUUAUGUCAUGAAGCUUGUUGGGAUCUUAUACUUAUUGAUCCUUAUCUUUGACAUUAUUAUCGUCCUUGGGAUGGGUAAUAUGGGGACGUUCUCAACGAUACUAUUAUUCCUCUUUUUCUUUGCCAUAAUCGGUAUACUUCUCGCCAUCAGUAGAAAGCCGCAAAAUAGAAAUAGCGUAAUGUUUAUGACUCCGGGGUUACCUUUCGUCCCCGCAAUCGCCGUUACCGUCAACAUUUAUCUCAUUUUCAAGCUCAGCAUCCUCACCUUAGUUAGAUUUACGGUCUGGAUGACUCUAGGUUUUAUCAUGUACUUCAAUUACGGCAUCAAGCACAGCAGUCUGGAGGAAGCCAACGCGUCGGAGAACGUCGAGGACAUCGUCGUCGGCACGGCCGCCAAUAUCGAGCUGACUGUCACCGAUCACCAUCAACGGCAGGCGCAGAAGCCGUACACGCCGGACCGCAGCAUCUACGAGGGCACGCAGUUGGACGCGUUCGGCCAGCCGGUGUUCGGCAGCACGAAUUUCGGCGGGACGCCGAACCAGCAGCAGCAACAUAUCGGCGGUGGCCACCAGCAGAGCGGCCAUCGCACCGACCAAACUGCGUCGACGACGACGGGCAAGAAGAACCUGUUCAUCCCUCAGGAUAGCUUCCCUACCUGGGACGAUUGAGGAGCGUCGACACCGAGCGGAUAUUAAUGUAUACAUAUAUAACACACACGAACAGAGAAAUGAGAGAGAGAGAGAG